AUGUGGGGUUCGACGCCGGCAACAUCAAAAGCUUCCUCUCGAGAAAUUUAGGGCUUCGAGUCUCGGAAUCCUGGAUAGACGAGGAUUUGCUCGAGUUAGGGUUUAGAAUGGGAUUGUGUUGGAUUACGGAUGAGGAUGAGAUGAAGUGGUCGGAGUUUGAGAGUUUCUGAUGACGGACCGAGUCCAUGGCGGGCUGAGCGAAAAAAGUUUGCGCUUCCGAAGUUGUUUAGCGCGAACAUUGUACUGCUAAUGACGUGUGGGACCCGCACGCGUUUAGUACACGCUACCCGAGUAACUUUUUUGACGGUCUCCUACACUUAGUAGAUGGGGACCCACAUCCAUUGAGAUGGUGAAAUCAAGGGCGGCGUAGUUGUCAGUGAAAAUACCGAGGCUACUGGAAUCGAGUACUGAAGAUCUCUGGAAAGCAAACUACUCGCCCGUUCUUCACUUCUCUCGCCUCCAUCGACGCCCCCUCUCCCCCCUCCUCCUCCGCCGCUCGCUGCUCGCCGUCGGAACAAUAAAGGCGCCAUGAUCUCUACGGAGCCGAGUACGUCGGCUUCUUCUUCUUCUUCUUCUUCUUCUUCUCAGAGCCCUAGAUCUCCGUCGCCGUUUCUAUCGGUUACGGUCACCGACCCGGUGAAGUUAGGGAAUGGAGUUCAAGCCUACACCUCGUAUCGCGUCAUCAGCAAGACAAAUUUACCUGAAUAUCAAGGGCAAGAAAAGAUUGUUAUUCGCCGUUACAGUGACUUUGUUUGGUUGCACGACAGGCUUGCUGAAAAAUACAAAGGAAUCUUCAUUCCUCCUCUACCUGAGAAGAGCGCUGUAGAGAAGUUCAGAUUCAGUGCAGAAUUUAUUGAAAUGAGACGUCAGGCACUGGACAUAUUUGUAAAUCGAAUAGCUUCUCACCCUGAACUUAAGCAAAGUGAGGAUUUAAGGAUCUUUUUACAGGAAGAUGAAGAGACAAUGGAAAGAGCACGAUCUCAAGAAGCUGGACUGUUCAAGAAAAAACAUUCAGAUUUUAUGCAAAUAUUUAAGGAUGUGCAGUCUAAGGUUAGUGAUGUUGUUUUGGGAAAGGAAAAGCCUAUUGAGGAGUCAAAUCCUGAAUAUGAGAAGCUAAAGAACUAUAUUUUUGAGCUUGAAAUUCACUUGUCAGAGGCACAGAAACAGGCAUUUCGCCUUGUAAAGAGACAUAGGGAGCUGGGUCAGUCGCUGUCAGAUUUUGGUAAGGCAAUCAAACUUUUGGGCUCUAGUGACGGAAAUUCUCUUGGGAAGGUGAUCUCUGAGUUUGGUUCAAAAUCAGAAUCGUUAUCUUUGAAGCUAUACAAGGAGGCUCAUGACCUUCUAAUGAACUUUGAAGAACCCUUAAAAGAUUAUGUGCGAGCAGUGCAGUCUAUCAAGGCCACGAUGGCGGACAGAGCCAAUGCUUUCAAACAGCAGUACGAUUUAGUUGAAGCAACCAAGUUGAAGGAGAUUAAUUUUGACAAGCUGAUGUUAAUACAAUCUGAAAAGGCUGCAGAAGCAGAGAUUGAAUACAAAGAGUUGAAGUCGGAAAGUGUGGAGGCCACCCAAAAAUAUGAAACUAUUGUGAAGUUGAUGAGUGAAGAAAUAGUUCGGUUCCAAGAACAAAAGACCGCUGACAUGGGACUUGCCUUCCACGAGUUCUCAAAGGGACAAGAGAGGCUUAAGGAUGUAGCCAAUGCAUGGCGAAGUCUUCUACCAAAGCUUGAAACUUGUUCACCUUCCUCAUAAGACUUGUUGUUACACGGAUUCUGCACAUUUUUUUUUGUUAAUAUUCAACAAUUGGAGAAAGCUUCACGGAGUUAUUGCACUGUAGAGGGAAUUUUUACUGGUUUAUACAUGUAACUAACUUGUUGCUAGUUUCAAAUAAACCUGAAAUGUAUCAAUUGAGUACAUUGAAUCGAUAUACUUCUAACCAUAACAAUUGAUAGUUGCUAAACCGGCAGAUUGACUUCU